CUUCUCCACUGCCACAGCCUCACAUCCAAUGUCCGAUCCCACACCCUCGUCCUCGUCGGCCACGCCCGAUGUCGGCGCCCUGUCGCUCUCCAACGGCGACGCCGCGCCGCCGGCGGCGGCACCGCGCAAGCAGGCGCGCCUUGCCGAGCUGCCGCCCAUGCCGCCGCGCUCCAGCCGCAACAAGGAGGACAGCGACGGCAGCGCAGACGAGCGCGACGAGGACGAAGGCGAGGAGAACAGCGACGUGGAGGAGCUGGAGGGCGCACGCAUUCGGGAGCUGGGCAGCGAAGAAGGGGCAGCAGACGGGGACGAUGUGGCAGAUCUGCUGAAGGAGUACCCGGAUGAUGAGGAGUACAUCGACCUCACACAUCUGCGAUUGAAGACAUCAUCACUGCGCAAGCUCGGACUCGCCCGCUUCAAGCAGCUCAAGCGGCUCGGACUGCGGCAGAAUGAGGUCUCGAAGAUCGCGGCCAGCGACAUCGGGCAGCUGUGCAGCCUCACGGAUCUGGACCUGUACGACAACGGGCUCGGCAAGACGUACGGCGAGGUGCUGGAAGGGUGUCCGGAGCUUGAAUCGCUCGACUUCUCCUUCAACUCCAUCCGGCAUAUCUCGCACCUCACGCAUCUCUCCAAGCUGCGCACGCUCUACUUUGUGCAGAACAAGAUCUCGCGUGUGCGGACAGACGAUCUGACGGGGCCGAUCGGUGCCUCGCUGCGGAGCCUAGAGCUGGGCGGAAACCGCCUGCGGAGCAUCGAGAAUAUCGGCCACCUCUCGCAGCUCGAGGAGCUGUGGCUCGGCAAGAACAAGAUCACGAAGCUCGAGGGGCUCGAGAACCUCAAGUCGCUUCGCGUGCUGUCGAUCCAGUCGAACCGCAUCACCAAGCUGGAGAACCUCUCGUCGCUCGAGGCGCUCGAGGAGCUGUACAUUUCUCACAACGGCCUGACGAAGCUCGAGGGCCUCGAGGGCUGCAAGCGUCUCACGACGCUGGACAUUGGCGCGAAUCGUAUAGAGGGGAUUGAGAACAUUGCGCACCUGAGCGCGCUCGAGGAAUUCUGGGUACGUCGACUCGCAGCUGUCGCCGCGUCUUGCUUCGCUCACUUCGCUUCGCUUGCAAGGCAAACGACAAUCGCAUCUCGACGCUCGGCGCCCUCGAGGCGCAGCUGGGGCCCAAGGUCUGCCCAAACCUCGCGACGGUGUACCUCGAGCACAACCCGGUGCAGCGCAGCGAGGGUGCCGCGUAUCGACGCAAGAUCAUGCUGCUCCUGCCGCAGAUCCAGCAGAUCGACGCCAUUGCGCUUGCGCGUGUCGCAUAGAGCCUCAUUCGCAGCGCAUCAUCGCACGAAUUGCAUUAAUCUGCUGCGAGGCCACGACGACAGACGCAGAGAGAGGAGAGAGAGCUUGAUAUUGGUU